AUGAUGAACGUGCAAGUGAACGAAGCGGAGGACACGGAAUGGAACGACAUUCUGCGGCAGCAUGGCGUGAUUCCCGAGCGGCCCCCGUCGCCCACGUCGCAGAUUGAGGCCGCUCUCGAAGAGGCGAUCCAGAAGCAGCACGACAACCGGUUGGAGGGUCUGGAGCUAGACGAGCUGGAUGCUCUGGAGGACGACGAGGACGAGGCUUUUCUGGAGCAGUACAGGCUCAAGCGAAUGGCCGAGAUCCGGUCGCUGGCGUCGCGGGAGCAGUAUGGCUCAGUGGUGAAGAUCUCCAAGCCCGAGUAUGUGGAGGAGAUCACCGAGGCGAGCAAGAGAGACCCUAAGAAUCCACAUCUAAAGAAGGCGACGAAGCAGCAGCCGGAAGAGGAGGCGGAACAUGCGGACGCUCGCAACGCGAUUGUGGCCAGUGGCGAUCCUCGUGAUCAGGACGAGUCCGAGGGCACGUUUGUGUUUGUGCACAUUAGCCACGGGGGCGUUCCCGAGUCUCGGCUGUUGAGCGGGCUGUUUGACCGGGCUGCUCAAAAGUUUCCGGACGUGAAGUUUGUUGACAUUGACUCCAAGCAGAUCAACGAAAAGUACUCGCUGGCGUCGGUGCCGACAAUUCUGGUCUACUACAAGGGCAACCCCGUGAACCAGGUGGUGGCGCUGGAAGGUAUUGGUGGCAAGAGCACCAACAUGGAGGAUAUUGAGGCAUUUCUGGUGAAGAUGGGCGCGGUGCGGGCGAACGACAAGCGGCUGAUUGUCAACCAGGACAAGGACGAGGAUGAGCUGGAGAGACAGGGCAAGUCGAUUUAUUCGGGGGGACGAGGAGACCGAGAGGAGAGUGAUUACGAUAGCGAUUUUGAUUAG